AUGCGUUUGCUACUGCUCAUGUACACGGUGCUAUCUACCGACAGAGAGGAGGCAAUCCACCGUCCAAAAAAGGUGGCUAUAACCCAUUGUCCUGGCCAUCAGAAAGUAACUGACUUCGUUGCUAAAGGAAAUCAGAUGGCUGACAUUGAAGCAAAGAAGGCUGCUCAGGGACCCAUGAUUUUAGCCAUCAAACUCAGGCUCAAGGUCCCUGACCCUAUUAAAUUGCCAUGGGCUAAGCCAGUGCCCUUAUCAGAGGAAGAAAGCCUACAUUAUCUAUCUGGGCUUCAUCAGUGGGCCCACCUGGGACCUGAAAAGAUGAUGGAGAUAGUGGCCCGGUCUCAGUAUAAGAUUCCAAAGCUGAAGAAACUAGCUCACAAGCUAAGUUCAGCACAGGUAGAGAGGAUGAAUAGAACCAUUAAGGAGGCCCUGACUAAAUUGUCCAUUGAGACUGAUGGAAGUGAUUGGACAGCCUUGCUCCCUCUUGCCCUAUUCUGGGUUCGAAAUAUGCCCGGAGUCCUGGGACUUACUCCUUUUGAGAUUCUUUAUGGAUCCCCACCUCCCAUCUAUGAGACCCUUGAGAGUGUAGCAUGCUCUGAUGAUGGCAAUAUUCCUCCCCUGCCUGUUCUAGCCCGACUAAAGGCCUUUGAAACUGUAAAGAAGGAGAUCUGGAGAGCUUUGAAGAACUCUUAUGCUCCAAAAGAAGAUCUAGUGCCACACCAGUUUGAGGUUGGAGACGCAGUACUGGUGAGGAGACAUCGGACGGGCAACCUUGAGCCAGAUUGGAAAGGCCUGUACCUGGUCCUGUUGACCACCCCUACAGCAGUGAAAGUGAACCCCAAUCCCCAUACCCCUCAACAACUCAUCUGGCAAAUUGAGGAGCCAAUUACUGGCACCGUUAUGAACAGCACCCAACAGGUCGCCCCUCUGGGAACAUGGUGGCCUGCCCUGUACUUCUGUCUCCGUCAGAUCAACCUUGCGACUAGGAGUUUCCCCCCAAACUUAGUGCGCAGCUAUGGGUUUUACAGUUGUCCUGAAUCUGAUAAGGAUACACAUUGUGGGGGACCCCAAGUCUUCUUCUGUGGGAAGUGGAGCUGCAUCACCUCAAAUGAUGGAAAUUGGAAGUGGGCUACAUCGUCUGCUGGGGAUAGACUGACUUUUUCUUUUGCUAACUCAGGACCAGGCCCACAUGCGAUAAUGGGACUGUAUAAAGACAAGCCAUGCUCCCCAACCGAUUUAGACUACAUAAAGAUGCAAUUCACUGACAAGGGAAAAGCGACAGACUUUUCUAGAUGGUACAAUGGUGUCACCUGGGGCAUAGUCUUUUAUAAAUCUGGAGGUGGGGUGGGAUCUCGCCUUCUUGUCCAUCUAAAAAUAGAGAGCCCUCCAGCCCAAUCUAUAGGCCCCAAUAGUGUGUUAUCUGAACAGAAACCACCCCCACCAGCUGCCCCAGUGCCACCUCCUAGGCCCACGGAAGGUAACAUCCUCAAUUCUGUUCUCACUCCAGCCAUAUCCAUUCCAAGCACUGGACAGAGACUGUUAAAUUUAAUUCAAGGGGCCUUUACUAUAUUAAAUGGAUCUCAACCUACCAUGACUAAAUCCUGUUGGCUCUGCCUCUCAUCAGGACCCCCUUAUUAUGAAGGUAUUGCAAUGACAGGGACUUUUAACAACACCACCAGCCACAGCGCUUGUAUAUGGAACAGUAAAAGUAGAUUAACCCUUACUGAAGUUUCAGGACAAGGGGUCUGCAUAGGACACCCACCAGAAGCUUAUAAACAUCUAUGCAACCAGACUCUUAAGAGCCCGAAGACCUCUGUUAACAGAUUCUUAGUACUUGAAAUUGAUAAAUGAUGGGCUUGCAUUUAUCAAUUUCAGGUAUGCAGCUCUGGGCUAACACCAUGUGUUUCCACUGCUACCUUUGAUGAGAACAAAGAUUAUUGUGUACUUGCUCAGUUAAUCCCCUGGGUUUACUAUCAUCCCGCAGGUACUCUUGAAUGUGAGUUUGAGAUACACCCUAGACGAUUCAGCAGGGAACCUGUUUCCUUGACUCUAGCCGUUAUAUUGGGCCUGGGAGUGGCUACAGGUGUGGGGACAGGUGCUGCUGCCUUGAUACAGACUCCUCAUUAUUUUCAUCAGUUGAGAACUGCCAUUGAUAUAGAUUUGAGAGCCCUGGAACAGUCAGUAACAAAGUUGGAAGAGUCAUUGGCUUCCCUCUCAGAAGUUGUUCUACAAAAUAGAAGAGGACUAGACUUGCUGUUUCUUAGGGAAGGGGGUUUGUGCGAUAGUCUAAGAGAAGAAUGUUGCUUCUAUGUAGACCAUUCAGGAGUGAUAAAGGACUCUAUGAGUAAACUCAGAGAAAGGUUAGACCAGAGACAAGAAGGUAGAGAGGCACAACAAGGUUGGUUUGAAAGUUGGUUCAAUAAGUCCCCUUGGUUGACAACCCUAUUAUCCUCCCUUGCUGGACCUCUUGUGAUUUUACUCUUGCUUUUAACCAUAGUCCCCUACAUUUUAAAUAGAUUAGUAACUUUUGUUAGAGAAAGGAUAAAUGCUGUUCAGCUUUUUGUGUUGCGCCACCAAUAUAGGACAUUGGGUGAGUUUGGGAAGAGGCAAAAAUGCAUGCAGAUCAGAUUCAUCAGACAAACAGAAUGUAUCAAAUCGGAUCUGAGGCAGUUUCUGACCAGGAUCCUUGAUGAAAUUAUAAUUCUGCAGGUGGUGUAA